AUGGCCACCGAGGAUGAGACUGAUAUCAACUAUGCCACACCGUACAUUUAUGCCUCAUGGGCCUUGACCGCGAUUGCAGGGUUGACAUUGUUGUUCCGUUUUGCCAUCAAGUCCUGGAUCCGAUGGGCUCUACCCCGUGUCAGCUCUCCAGACCGACUCUGGGGGUUUGAAGAUCUGUUCUACACUGCGGGUUAUAGUUUUGACCUUGCGCAUAUUGCGUUGGUGCAAAGAAGUUAUGAGGCCGGACUCGGGCGUCAUUUAUGGUUCCUGACUAGUGAUGAGCUCAGAAGCACACUGAAAAACGAGUUCAUCUCUCAGCCUUUAGCGGUUGUGGCCUCCAUGCUGUCUCGAACAAGGAUGAUGUGCUUUCUCUACAGUUGUUUCAACGGCGCCGACCGGCGGAUCCACAUCUCUAUCCUCGUUUGUAUCGGUGUUCAGAUUAUCAUUAACAUGGUUACAGUGGUCCAAAUCAUCGUUCAAUGUGGGCCAAGUUCAUACCUGCACUACUUCCAUUACAUGUGGGAUGACCUGCCUUACGACGGUUCAGUUAUUUGCCAGUCACCGAGCGUACAGACAAUGGUUGGCUUUGCUCAAGGAGGAUUCAAUUCCGGAGUCGACCUAUUCUUGACAGCGCUCUCCGCCAUACAGCUAUGGCGCUAUACGAUGCGAGCGACGGAUCGGGGACCAUCCCACAGUGAAUCAUUCUGUUUCCGGUUCCAGAAAAUACCUUGCAGGUCGCGAAACCGGCGGUUGUGGCAAACCUGCGCCUUGAGCGAUAACAUAGUGCCAUUCGUGCUAUGGGUGAAGAUUGAGAAUUAUAGCAUCCUGCUUGCGACCUGCGCUCCUAUUAUCCGGCUUCUGGUGUCGAGUGUCUCUAAUAAUGGAUCGCCGAGCAAGGAUUACCCUGGUUCUGGCAUCCUAUCUGGUGGAGCGAGCCAGGGGCUGGAACUGGACUUGGUACGCCACACAAAUGACCAGGAUACGGUUGCUCUUGCUAUGCCCAUGACAGAUAAACAGGAAGGUCGGAUUUUGUCAGGAGCCGAGCGUAUGGGAAUUCAUCAUGCGAGGAGUGUGGUUAUUCGGACCGACAUCCAUUUUCAUUUUGAUUCAGAUAGAUCAUCUACGAGACGCCUGAUGGACUAAGCCGGGUGAUGAUAGUUGUGCCUGCACUCAU